AUGGCGGCGACGGUGAAGACGAGAAUGGGCGGCGGCGAAGGGAAGAAAACUAUGAUCGAGAUAAAUGAUGAUGAAUGUGAUGGUACCUUGCGAAUUGAGAAUGUAAAUGUUGAUGGAGAGAAAUAUAAGAAAGAAGGUAAAGAUGAUGAAGUUGAGGAAGAAGGUAAAAAUGUGGAAGAUGGUAAAGAUGAUGAAAUUGAGGAAGAUAUGGGGCAUUUUGAAAGGAAAAAGAGAAAGAAAGUUUCCAAAGCUCAUACCGAAUUCAUUGAAGUGAUCGGAAAUGAUGGAAAUUUUAAGAUUUCUCGUGCCACGACAAAGAAAGAUGUCAUUAAUGUAUAUGACAUAGAGAAGAAAAAAUUACAAUUGGCGUUGAGAGACAUCAAUAAGAUUUCCUUAACCACGGACAUUUGGAAGUCAAAGGUGCAAAAGAUUUCUUAUAUGUGUGUCACUGGUCACUUUGUUGAUUCAAAUUGGAACCUUCACAAACGACUUCUUAGCUUCAUACCUCUACCUCCUCCACAUGCUGGUCAUGAUAUAUUUAAUGGGCUUAUAAAGUGUACAAAAUAUUUGGGGAUAGAGCAUAAAGUCUUCACUAUCUCUGUGGACAAUGCCUGGAAUAACGAUUCAGCAAUUCAAAUUUCUAAAGAAACAUUCUCUAAGAGUCGUAAGUUUCCAUUGGAAGGUAAGUUGUUUCAUGUUCGGUGUACUACACAUAUGUUGAACAUUAUUGUUCAAGAUGGUCUUUAUGAGAUUCAAAAUAUUAUUGAUGAUGUCAAAAAGAGUGUGCGAUUUAUUAACCAAUCAGAGUCUAGGUUGAGAAAAUUCUCAGAUGUUGUGCAUCAUUUAGGAAUCCAAGUAAAUAAAUUGAUCAUUGAUUGUCUAACUCGUUGGAAUUCUACAUAUAAGAUGUUAGUUGAGGCAUAUAAAGUUAAGGAUGCAUUUCCUAUAUUUAAAGAUGGUGAACUUUUUUAUCAUCAUUGUCCUAGCCUUGAUGAUUGGAAAAAAGUGAAGGAUGUUACUGAUAUUUUAGAGGUUUUUAAUGAAGCGACUCAUGUAAUUUCUGGAGUUAAUUAUCCUACUUCAAAUGUUUAUCUUGCUGUUAUUUGGAGAGUCAAGCAUGUAUUGAAUGAAAAAGAAAAUGAUGUUGAUGAGUUUAUUUGA